AUGGCAGCGGACAAGCCGAUUAACUUUGCGGAGCAUGUCCAGCUGCAGGAGCUGGGCAUUGCGCCCGAAAGUAUAUCGUUUGCCAAUGUGACGCUGGAAUCAGAGAAGUAUGUGUGUGUUCGCGAGAGCAAAGAGUCAGGGAACUCUGUGGCGAUCGUGGACCUGAAUCAUAUACAGAAUGUGGUUCGGCGACCCAUGAGCGCAGAUUCAGCGAUCAUGAACCCAGACGAAAAUAUCCUUGCACUGAAGCUGCAGCGUCAGUUGCAGGUGUUCAAUCUGGCUAGCAAGACAAAGAUCAAGUCGCACACAUCUCCACAGGAUGUGAUCUUCUGGCGCUGGGUGUCCCCGACGACGCUGGGCAUGGUAACGUCGUCGAGCGUGUAUCACUGGAGCAUUGACAAUGAAUCACCGCCACAAAAAGUGUUUGACCGGCAUGCAAGUCUUGCCGAUACACAAAUCAUCAAUUACCGCGUAUCAGACGACGGCAAGUGGAUGGUGCUGAUUGGCAUCUCCAGCAAUACAGUCGAUGCAAAUGCGUUCCGAAUCAAGGGGUCUAUGCAGCUGUUCAGUUUGGAGCGUGGUGUGUCGCAGCCGAUCGAAGGACAUGCUGCUACCUUUGCGGAGCUCAAGACGCAGGACUCUGUCGUCCCGUACAAGUUGUUCUCGUUCGCUGUGCGCACGGCUACAGGAGCGAAACUGCACAUUGUUGAGAUUGACCACGCGCCAGAAAAUCCUGUGUUUACGAAGAAAGCCGUCGAUGUGUUUUUCCCUGCCGAAGCGACGAAUGACUUCCCUGUGGCCAUGCAGGUUAGCCGUCGUUACGGUAUCGUGUACCUGAUGACCAAGUACGGCUUCAUUCACCUGUAUGACCUUGAGACUGGUGCAUGUAUAUAUAUGAACCGUGUCUCGGGCGAAACGGUGUUUGUCGCUGCAGAACAGAAGAGUUCAAACGGUAUCAUUGCCGUGAACCGCCGGGGCCAGGUGCUUUCGGUGUCGGUUGAUGCAGACACGAUCAUCCCUUACAUCCUCCGCACGCUGAACAAUACAGAUCUUGCCUUCAAACUUGCCUCACGCGGUAAUCUGCCUGGCGCAGACAACCUGUACAUGCAGCAAUUCCACUCGCUCUUUAGCGCUGGACAGUACAGCGACGCCAUCAAGAUUGCAGCAAACUCGCCACGGGGUAUUCUUCGGACGCCACAGAUGAUCGAGCAGCUGAAACAGGUGCCAACGCAACCCGGCACGCUCUCGCCUAUUCUUCAGUACUUUGGUGUGUUGCUGGAAAGCGGCUCAUUGAACCGGCACGAGUCGCUAGAACUCGCGAAGCCUGUGCUGGCGCAGGGCCGCAAACACCUGCUGGAGAAGUGGCUCAAGGAGGACAAGAUCGAGUGCAGUGAGGAGCUCGGUGACAUUGUGCGCCAGCAGGACAUGAAUCUUGCCCUGAGCGUGUACUUGCGCGCGAAUGUACCGAACAAGGUCGUUGCCUGCUUUGCAGAGACGGGUCAGUUUAACAAGAUUGUGCUGUACUCGAAAAAGGUGGGCUACCAGCCCGAUUAUGCAACGCUCUUACGUCACGUUGUGCGCGUAAACCCGGAGCAGGGAGCCGAGUUCGCGUCCAGCCUUGUGGCUGAUGAAGACGGCCCACUUAUUGACGUUGAGCGUGUGGCCGACAUUUUCCUGAGUCAGAAUCUUGUGCAGCAGGCGACCUCGUUCCUCCUCGAUGCCCUGAAGGACGACCAACCCGAGCAUGCAGCCCUGCAGACACGCCUGCUCGAAGUGAACCUGCUCCAGGCACCGCAGGUUGCUGAUGCCAUUCUUGGAAACCAGAUGUUUUCGCACUACGACCGCGCUCGCAUUGCUAACUUGUGCGAGAAGGCUGGGCUUAUGCAGCGCGCUCUCGAACACUACGAUGACCUAGCUGACAUUAAACGAGUCGUCGUGCACUCAAACCUCUUUGACAAUGAAUGGCUUGUGAACUACUUUGGUCGCCUUACUGUGGAGCAGUCACUUGAGUCGCUGUAUGAGAUGCUGCGCACCAACAUCCGGCAGAAUCUGCAGGUCGUCGUGCAGAUCGCGACAAAGUACUCGGAUCUGCUGGGCGCGCCGAAGCUGAUCGAGAUGUUCGAGAAGUUCCGCAGCUUUGAGGGCCUGUACUACUACCUGGGCUCUGUUGUGAAUCUGAGCGAGGACCCUGAAGUGCACUUCAAGUACAUCCAGGCGGCGACGCGAACAGGUCAGAUCCGCGAAGUCGAACGCAUUUGCCGCGAGUCCAACGCCUACAACCCUGAGAAAGUCAAGAACUUCCUCAAAGAAGCCAAGCUGCCAGACCAGCUGCCGCUCAUCAUUGUUUGUGACCGCUUUGACUACGUGCAUGAUCUCGUUCUGUACCUGUAUCAGAACAUGAUGCUGAACUACAUCGAAGUGUAUGUGCAGCGAGUGAACUCGACACGUGCGCCGCAGGUCAUUGGUGGUCUGCUCGAUGUCGAUUGCGACGAGGGCGUCAUCAAGAACCUGCUCGAGUCAGUAACGGGCCCCAUCCCAGUGGACGAGCUCGUCGACGAGGUCGAGAAGCGCAAUCGGCUGAAGCUGAUCCUACCAUGGCUCAAGACGCAGAUCGAGUCGGGCAGCGAAGAUCAGGCCGUCUUCAAUGCGAUGGCCAAGAUCAGCAUCGACAGCAACAAAAACCCGGAGGCGUUCCUUAAGGAAAACAAUCUAUAUGACCCACUCACGAUCGGCAAGUACUGCGAAAAGCGUGACCCGUAUCUCGCGUACAUUGCGUAUGCGAAGGGCUUCUGUGAUGAUGAGCUGAUCGAGAUCACGAACGACAAUUCGAUGUACAAGCACCAAGCACGCUACCUGGUCCUGCGUCGCGAGCCACAGCUGUGGGCAAAAGUACUGGCAGAAGACAACGUGCAUCGCCGUUCGCUCAUUGACCAGGUAACAGCCGUUGCCGUGCCCGAGUCGACCAACCCCGAGGACGUGUCUGCAACGGUGAAGGCAUUCAUGACGGCGGACUUGCCGCACGAACUCAUCAAGUUGCUGGAGCCGAUUGUGCUGGAGACGUCUGCCUUCAGCGACAACCGGAGUCUUAAAAACCUGCUGCUGCUCACGGCCAUCCGCACAGAUAAGGCGAAGGUGUCUGGCUACAUCGAUCGGCUAACCGGCUACGAUGUGGAUGAAAUCGCCAGAAUCGCCAUUGACCACGGCCUGUAUGAGGAAGCGUUCCAGAUAUACUCCAAGGCGCAACAGAAUUUGGAUGCGAUGAAUGUGCUGGUUGAGCACAUCGUCUCGAUUGACCGUGCACAGCACUUUGCCAACAAGCUGAACCAGCCAGACAUCUGGUCACGACUCGGAAAGGCGCAGCUCGAUGGUUUGCGUGUGAAGGACGCCAUCGACUCGUACGUGCGUGCAGAGGACCCAGCGAACUUUGACGAGGUGAUCGAGAUUGCGGAGCGCGCUGGCCGUGAAGAGGAGCUUAUCCGCUUCCUGCAAAUGGCCCGCAAGCAGACGCGCGAGCCUAAGAUCGACACGGAGUAUGCGUAUUGCCUCGCAAAGGCGCACCGCCUUUCCGACAUGGAGGAAUUCCUCUCGAUGACAAACGUCGCGGAUGUGCUGAGUGUGGGUGAAAAAUGCUUCCAUGACGGCCUCUAUGAAGCGGCACGUCUCCUGUUUUCUAGUGUGUCGAACUACGCACGCCUUGCAACGACGCUCGUAUAUCUUAAUGACUUCCCGAGCGCUAUUGAGGCUGCACGCAAGGCUGGCAACACGGCUGUAUGGAAGCAGAUGCACGCUGCUUGUCUGAACAAGCGCGAGUUUAAACUGGCUCAGAUCGCAGGUCUUGCGGUCGUACCGCACGCCGAAGAUUUGCCGAUGCUCAUUCGUGCGUAUGAAGUGAAGGGCUACUUCGACGAGCUUCUCCAGCUGCUUGAGUCGGCGCUGGGUCUCGAGCGUGCGCACAUGGGCGUGUUUACACAGAUGGGCAUCGCUCUAGCUAAGUACCGACCUUCACAGCUGAUGGAGCACCUCAAGCUGUACUGGUCGCGAAGCAAUCUGCCGCAGCUCAUCAAGGUGACGGAGAGGGCACACCUCUGGCGCGAGCUUGUGUUCCUGUAUGUCAAGUAUGAUGAGCCAGACAAUGCAGCGCUCACGAUCAUGGAGCACUGCUCUGAUGCAUGGGACCAUGAUCAGUUCAAGGCCGUCUUGCCCCAAGUUGCUAACGUCGAGAUCUACUACCGUGCAUUGACAUUCUACUUGGAGCAACACCCGCUCCUCCUCAAUGACCUGUUGACCGUACUUGUGAAGCGAAUUGAUCACGCGCGUGUCGUCCGCAUGUUCAAGAAGCACGACCAUGACAAUGUGCCACUGAUUCGCUCGUACCUCAUGUCUGUGCAGCCACAGAACAUUGAGGCUGUGAACAAUGCGUACAACGACCUGCUCAUUGAGGAGGAAGACUACGACACGUUGCGUGUGUCGAUCGACGCGUACGACAACUUCGAUGCGCUGGAACUCGCAGCGCGGCUCAAGGAUCACGAGCUCCUGGAAUUCCGGCGCCUGGCGGCGCACCUGUACCGAAAGAACGGCCGCUUCGACGACAGCAUUGCACUGUCCAAGUCUGAUACGCUCUUCCGCGAUGCGGUCGAAACUGCCGCGCACUCUGGCGAGCCAAGCGUUGCUGAAGAUCUCUUGAGCUACUUUGUCGACACAGGCAACAAGGAGUGCUAUGCUGCGAUGCUCUUCGCCUGCUACGAUCUCUUGCUGCCGGAUGUGGUGAUGGAGAUGUCGUGGCGACAUGCGCUGCAGGACUUUACGAUGCCGUACCAAAUCCAGCAGGCUCGUGACACGCGCAUGAAACUGCAGACUCUCGAGAAAGAAGUGCGUGAGCGUGCAGCGAAAGACUCAGCCAAGGAGAAGCAAGAUGAAGACACGCCGAUUCUCGGUCCUGGUGCUUUCGCGAAUCGUCUGCUUACGGCGUCGGCCACCGGUCCUGACGGUAUGAUGAUGCCCCCGUCUGCCGGCGGCAUGUUUCCGUAA